UUCGUCCACGAUGCUCAAAUUAAUUUCUAUGUACGCGCGUCUCCUGGACUAUUAUCUGCAUUGUUUGAUCGAAAAUGGCUCCUUCUGCAACCUCCGAGCCACUGCUAUUUGCAAUAGGCACGCACUCGAAGAUUUCCCAUUAUGUUGUGACAUACGCCAGAAAGAAUCCCGGGGACUUUUUGUCAUAUCUGCGUCGCGUUUGGCCCGAAUACAGAGAAAGGCUAGCCGAGAACCCGGGCUGCUUGAGGUUCCUUGGCCGUUCCAAGGUUCUCGAGAAUGGAGAGACACGUAAGAUCCACAAGACCUGGAUUCCGCUCUCGGAGCUGCGGCGCCUUCAAAGUCGUUACUUGUUGCUCGGAGAAAAUGCCUCCUUUCCUCGCCUUGACCCCCUACUCCCAGAGGAUGAUACACUCGGAGACUGGGACUUUCUUCCGCAGCUUGGAUCUCAAACCAAACCUGAUAUCUACUUCUGGGUCAAUACUUUGUCCGAUAUUAAGUUUAAUUCUUGGUACAAGGUUGCCUCCUCGCAGCGAGUCAAGGAGUUAUAUCUGUUGCUCUAUGAGAUUUAUCAGGAAACCGUGGACGGUAACGAAGGUGAAAAGAAGGUCGCAAAUUACCUCAGCUAUGGCCAAUAUUGA